AUGUCUGAAGCAGUCAUGGAUGAGGUUCCUUCUUCAAAUGGUUUAAUAACAGCAGAUGCGAAUGCGUUAGUCGAAGAAUCCGGUGUUAAAAAUGAAGAUGAAGAAUCGUGGCUAUAUGGAAAAUCGAAACUUGAUGAAAAUACCGAGUUAGCAACAGUAGCGUCAUCCAUGGAUGAAGGUACAGCACAAGAUAUGGAUAAAGACAAAGCAACAAUACCGUUAGUGACAAAUGCUCCAACUUCAUUGCUGGUCGGUAGUCAAAUCGAUGAUGAUUCGGAUGAUGACGACGAUGAUGGAAUUCAAGUGACAAUUGGAAAUAUCAAAUCUGGUGCGGCUAUUUUCUCGGCAAAUCGACAAAACAGUCGAACAACAAUACCACAGAAUUCAGUCAUUCCAACGAAACCGCAAGCAACACGUGGCGUCGAUUUAGAAGCUCAAGGUGUUAUUAAUGGACAGCCAAUCUUUGAGCAUGAUUUAAUGAAUGCCUAUAAGGACGAUGAAAAACCCUGGAAAAAGCCAGGUGCGGAUAUAACUGAUUAUUUUAACUAUGGUUUCACCGAAGAAACAUGGGCACAGUACUGCGAUCGACAACGACGUCUACGAGCAGACAACAAUCUAGCUCGUCUUAAUGCUGCACAUAUGCCACAGAUGCCACCAAUGAUUCCAGGGCAUCCACCGAUGAUGCAUCCGAUGAAUCCUCACUCAGCAAUGAUGAUGAACAAACCACCAAUGAACAUGCCAAUUAUGCCAAGACCAUUUAUGAAUGUUCGAAAACAAGAUGGAAAGAUUGAUGUAAUUGGAGCUACAGAUCUAACAUCUCGUCGACCUAUGUUUGAACCAGGCCACUCUUUUGAUCAUAUGACAUACAUCAACGGACCGCCAUUUUCUGGUGGUCAACCACCGCCUAAUGGUCAGACAGUGGGUGAUCUUGCAACCCCACCACCAACAUCCAAUGGUCCAUCACAGCCGCCACACGGAACACCGCCCGGCGGCAACCAUCCCAUUCCAACACUUGGCGUGCCUCGAAUGUCAAUGAUACCACCGCCGAAUAUGCCAUUUCGACCACAAUUCGGACAUCCACAUGCUCCUGGUGCACCACAAUUCUUUCCUCAUGGACCUGCAGGAGGCAUGCAUGGUGAAAGACCGCCUCAGUCUUACUUUAUACCUCAUCCACAGCAACAACAACAACAAUGGGAGAAACCCGGAGGACCGCCGAUGCAUGGCUUUCCACCUGGACAUUUUCCUCCCCAACCACCCGCACUAGGCAAUGCUGGCAAUGGCAGACCAACUUCUAGUCGAAGUUCUACACCUGAAGAUCAUUCAUCGCGGAGUUCCACACCAGAAGAAAACCGUCCUACUGGCAAUGGCGGUGGUGCUGACGGUGAUAAGGCGCCAAAAGACGAACGAUACAAAGAUCGUUAUAGAGAUGAACGUGAACACUAUCCAUCCUCCCGCCGACGUUCAUCACCGAAAGAUCGCACAUCAUCAUCCUAUCGAUCUCGCCAUCGAAGUGGCGACCAUGAAUAUGAACGACCAAGAGGUGAUCAGAAAUCAUCACGCGAUCGAGAUGACAAAUAUGAGCGUUACUCACGCAAUGAUUCUAGACGACAUCAUCGAGAAGACAGUGGUCGUCACCAUCGCGGUGACGAAGAUUCAUCUCGUGGUCACCGUUCAUCUCACCGUACUCCAACAAAAAAUUUUUCAUCGCCACCCAAAACAAUCCUCCCUAAUACAACACUAGAUCCUUCACAACCAUCAUCAGAAAAUCCUGAAUCGACAGACAAUGAUCAAUCGUCAAGCGCAAUUACAUCAACAACUAAUCCAAUAGGUUCAACAUCAUCAUCGCCAAAUAGUCGAUCACGUCGUGACGAUUCAGAACGUUCAUCUUCGCGUCAUGGUCAUCACAAAAAAUCUUCGAAACGCUCAAGACGCGACAGUGGCGAUGAACGUAGUCAUCACCGACGCUCGAAAGACAAAUCGAGUAGCAGUAAAAAGUCUGCAAGUGUAACAGAACCAGCAUCUGACAUAUAUCACAUGGCCAGUCCGCGUACUCGGUCGGUUUUGAAAGAUCUGAAGCUGAAAGAUGAUAAUAAUGUUUGUUUCGAAUGUGGAGCAUUAAACCCUCAAUGGGUCUCGGUCUCAUAUGGUAAGGUUCUACCGGCUAAUACAUCUCGACAACAUCAUCGAAAUAAUUCUUUUUUAACAGGAAUUUUCAUUUGUCUCGAAUGCUCUGGUAAGCAUCGUGGCUUGGGCGUUCAUCUAUCAUUUGUUCGAUCGAUUUCUAUGGAUAAAUGGAAGGAUAUUGAACUAGAGAAGAUGAAAGCUGGUGGAAAUCGCCAAGCAAAAACCUUUUUUGCCACACAAUCUGAUUAUGAUUCCAAUACGAUGAAUUUACAACAACGAUACAAUACACGUGCUGCGGCACUCUAUCGUGAUAAAAUCAGUACUGAAGCACGAGGACAACCGUGGUCGAUCAACACGUCUUCGGCACAAAACUAUACAUCUUCUUAUUUACCAUCAACAACUGAGAAAUCUGCAAAACAAAUCUCAUCCGAAUGGUCAGACUUCAAAUCAUCUAAUACUGAAAAUGACGAUUACGGCGGUUAUCAAAAUAAUAAUUCGAAUGAACAGCAACCACAACGAUCUGGUUUAGGUAGUGGAAAUCCAAAAUAUUGGGGUUUUGGAAAUACAAAUAAUGACUCCGCAUCCCGAUCGUCUCAACCAACCAGUCAAGAAUUACUUGCGUCAUCUAUAUCAAAUCUCAGUACGAAUGCAGCGAAGUGGGCUGGUGUAGCAAAAAGUUCGGUUUUUAAGUUUUCGAAAACUGCCGCCGAUAAAGCAUCGGAACUAACAUCCAAAGUAAGCGAACAGGCUAAGGAUGGUACAUUGAUGAACAAUGUACAGUCCGGUGUAACGACUGUCGCGUCAUCGGUGGGGAAAUUUGGUACGAAAACAUGGUCCGAUAUGCAAUCAUUAUGGUCUGGGAAAGAUUAUCAUUCUUCUAAUCAAUCUGAGUCGAAUCAUGAUGAAUGGUCUUCAUAUCAGCAGGCGUCCCCGCCAUUAACACAAGAUUCACAUCAUUCUGGUCAUCAGAAUGCUUCAAAGUCGAAUACAAAUCUUUCCAGUCAUGAAUUCGAGUCCGGUUUCGAUUCAUGGGCCAACCAUGAACCGAACAUUUCGACGAAAAAGCCGGAUUUGAAGUCAAAAUCAACUACAAACAAUAAGCCGAAACAAGAGGAACAACCAGCGUCGAAUCUCAUUAACUUUGAAGAUGAUAAAUGGGCUGACGAUGACGAUGCUGGAUGGGAAUCUAUCGACACGAAAUAA